AUGAUAACUAUCCAAGUCAGCUCUCUUUUCCCUUCAUCAUCAUCUUGCGACCUUCCUUCAAAAGCAUCUAAAGCGAAGUCGUCGCUCCGUGUGGUGCACCGGCAAGGCCCGUGCUCGCGUCUUAGCAGCGGCAAAACUAUGAGCAUUGACCAUGACGAGAUCCUCAGGCUCGACCAAGCGCGCGUAAACUCUAUCCACUCGAAACUGUCAAAGAAAGUCAAAGAUCAAGUCAUGCAAAGCAAGUCGGCUGUUUUACCGGCUAUAGACCGGAGUACGCACGGGUCAGGAAACUACGUAGUGACUGUCGGAAUCGGGACACCGAUGCACAAUCAGUCACUGAUAUUCGACACUGGCAGCGAUCUGACGUGGACUCAGUGCAAGCCAUGUCUAACUUGCUUUCCCCAAGUGGAACCCAUCUUUAACCCUUUUUCGUCUUCUUCCUACGCCAACAUCUCCUGCUCCUCGCCGGUGUGUGCUUCUGCAGGUCUCCUUGGAAACUGUUCGGAGUCUUCCACUUGCCUCUACUAUAUCGAAUACGGCGACGGGUCGUCCUCCAACGGAUUCUUCGCCACGGAGAAAUUCACCCUAACUACCUCCGAUGUUUUCCACGGCGUUAAAUUUGGCUGCGGUGACGACAACGAAGGACAAUUCCUCGGUGCCGCCGGACUUCUCGGCCUUAGCCGCGGCAAUCUCUCGUUUCCGUGGCAGACGAAGAACACCUACAAUAAUUUCUUCUCCUACUGCCUCCCUUCUUCUCCCGGCUACAUUGGAGAUCUCACCUUCGGAUCCGCCGGAAUCUCUAAUGACGUCAAAUACACGCCGAUUUUCCCUUACCCAGACCCAUCUCUCUAUGGCCUCGAUAUCGAAGGUAUCACCGUCGGCGGCCAGAAAUUGGACAUUCCUUUAAACGUAUUCUCUACUCCGGGAGCUAUAAUCGAUUCCGGCACCGUGAUCUCUCGCCUCCCUUCCAAGGCCUACGAGGCACUGCGAACCGCGUUCAAGGCAAAAAUGAGGAAUUAUACGGCUGCGCCGGGCAACAAGUUUCUGGACACAUGCUACGAUUUCACCAACUCGAAGACGGUGCAUAUCCCCACCAUCUCCUUCUCCUUCAGCGGCGGCACCGUCGUGACACUUGACCCGAAAGGGGUUUUGUAUCCGUCCAAUACACCGAAGGUUUUCUGUUUAGCGUUUGCAGAGAAUGAAUACGACAUUUUCUUCGCCAUCUUCGGGAACGUUCAGCAAAAGACGCUGCAAGUCGUGUACGACGUUGCGGGCGGACGGAUCGGGUUUGCCCCGAAUGGUUGCAAUUAA